GCGUGGGCAUCGGUGGCCCGUCAGCAGCAGAAUCUGAGCAAAAGCUGCCCAAAGGGCUGGGGGAAGGGUGAUAACAGGAGCAGCAGCAACAAAUAAAGCGAGCAGCCAAACCGCCCCGUAGGAAAAGGGGAGAGGAGCAAGCAGGAGAGCCCAGGCAUUUUGUGUCUCUUUACAGGAGCUUUCUGAAGCCCUCGUGCAUCUCUUGUGAGUAUUUGUGCAUCUGUGUCCCAGGGAAGAGCAUCCUUCUAGGAGGAAGAGCUGGAAUCAGUUAGAAGAGAAGAGAAAAAAACAAACCAUCGGCUACUAUCCCUUCCCAGAGACAGGUGAGAGGGAAGAAGAGAAAGGAGUUUAGAGGAAUGAAGCUGGAGGAUCCAGAGACUCAGAGAGGAAAAGUUGCCCUGGCAGUAGACUCUGCAUACUAGAGCCUGAGCUCUGCUCCACGAUGGGAUUUCUCGCGUCUAAAGGAAACCUCCUCCUCCUGCUGUGUGCCAGCGUCUUCCCCGCCCUCGGCCACGUGGAAACUCGAGCCCACGCGGAGGAGCGUCUCCUGAAGAAACUCUUCUCUGGUUAUAACAAGUGGUCGCGCCCCGUCGCCAACAUUUCUGAUGUGGUCCUCGUCCGCUUCGGCUUGUCCAUCGCCCAGCUCAUCGAUGUCGAUGAGAAAAACCAAAUGAUGACCACAAAUGUGUGGGUGAAGCAGGAGUGGCAUGAUUACAAGCUCCGCUGGGACCCCCAAGAAUAUGAAAAUGUCACAUCCAUCCGAAUCCCCUCGGAGCUCAUCUGGAGACCAGACAUUGUCCUCUACAACAAGUGA